GGGCGCGCGCGCGCGGGGGGUUUCGCUGCAGUCGAGCGCUGGGAACGCACGACAGAGCUGAGGUGAAAAAGGAGGAGAGAGAGAGAGAGAGAGAGGGCGUCGUGAUCCGGUUCUGGGUGAGGUUUUCUUCCCCCCCCCACUCACUCCCAGGAGACCGAGCCUGGGGCCUCGCUCCCUCUCUCUCUCUCUGUGUCGGCGAAGGAGAAAACAAUGGCUUUGGCUGGAAAGUAACUGGAGAGUUAGUGGGGAGAGGGGGCGAGAGCCCGCGGAGCGCACGGAAACCCAGUAUGAGCACAGAAAUCAAGAAACCACCAGUGGCCCCUAAACCUAAACUUAUGGUGGGUAACAAGCCAGGACCACCUCCAGUGGCACCCAAGCCAGAUGUUCUUUCAAUUCCUUUACAAGCACACAAGGGACCCAAACCAGCCUUAGCACCAAAACCAACAUUUUCCAAACCACUUGUGGUUGACGUGAAUCCAACACCUCCACAGAAUAAUAUUCAAUCUUCAGAAGAAAUCCAUGUUGAGCUGACUGAAAAUGUGAAGUGUCCAAAAUGCCAGAACGGUGGAGGAAAAGAAGGCUGUAAAUCGAGAUGUAAUUACAUCAUGUCACCCUGCACGUGUAAAGCUGAAUGUGGGCAAAAAUACAUCAAUGGUAAAAACACAUGUAAAACUCAACUUGUGGUUGAUCAACUUGCCAAACUUGAAGGCUUGGAAAAUGGCAAAUUAUGUGACCAAACGCAUUCCUCAAGGACAAGGCACAGACCAGAUAUCCAAUGUGGCAAAAUGGUCAACAAGUAUCAGGUAAUCCGGAAAGCUGGUUUCCCUGAACAGAAGUUCAAAGAAGUCUUAACUCAGGUUGUGUCGCCAAACAAUUGCCUUCCAAAGCAAAAGGAGACGGAUUGUGAUACAGGGGCAAAACUACACGAUAGCAAUAAUAGGAAAAAUGAACUCUUCAAUGCUGACCAAACCUUGUUGGAUACAAAAAGUUCUAAUGGAGUUAAAAGUGAGAUGCUUUGUGACCGAGUUAAAGACCUUGAGGCUGAAAAUGUUGCUCAUAAAACCAAAUGGGCAGCAAUGAAUGAGAAAAGUUCCCAUGGUUAUAGUACUGACCACAAAGAAAAGGGGCAUUACAAUCCACACAAAGUUAAUUUUAUAAUUGCUGAACAGGAGAAAUUGAUCUUUCAGGAUUCCCACCAUUUAACUACUGUGAAACAGUUCGAUUCAGCACCUUGUACCAAACCAGUGCCUAAGCCAAAGCCAAAGAAAGCACGUCUGCUUGGUAUCAUUAGGCAGAACUGCAUAGAAGAUCCCAUGGAAUUCAACUCAUCAAGUAGCGAGUCGUGUUUGAAGACCACGGGGAACAUGGCGGAUUUCAGGAAACCAUUUGUUUCUAUAGAUAGUAACGAUGUUUCUUAUUCAAAGAACAAUUAUGAAAAUUCACAUCAAACUGUUGAAGGGCAGAGUGAAUCUUCUGAGAACAUUACUGAGCUAAGCCGCCAAGUCAAAGAACUUGUUUCCUUAAAAGUGCCUCAUAAUCAAAGUGGUUUGACCUUAACAAAGCCAGCACUGGUUUCUGUCUCCAAGGUCGAUCUUUCUUCAGACAUUGAAAACAAAAGUAAAAUAGAACAGAUCAAAAGAAACUUGGAAAGUGGCAACAGAACAUUACCAGCAGAAAAAAUUAGCAGCUUUGUUCGAAGUAGUUUAUCUAUGAGUUUGCCUAAAUGCGUCAGUUUGUCUUAUGUUCAGAACGUGCCUCUGGCCAGCAGCGUGGAAGGCUCGGACUUUAAAGGGAAAAGCACCAAUAAAGAAAUGUACACUAGAGCAGAUGGUUCUCCAAAAGCUAUACCUAAAAAGCCACAGAGACACAGUUUGCCUGCAGUUGCACUGAUUAAAAGGGACCUCUCAGCAGAGACUGUCAAAGGGGAAAGUUGUUCUGUGGAACAUGACUCGGAAGAAGGCAGCUUUUCAAGCACAGACAGUAAAAUUUCAAGUGAUGAGCACAAGAUUAUUCGCUUGACUGAGAAACCUAUAUGGAGGCUGCCGCAUCCUAUUUUACCAUGUUCGGGGAGUCCAGGCAUUGUAGCAACAGAAAGCACUACACAACAAAAGGAACGUUCAACUGCUUUAAAGCCGAGAGCCAAAUCAUUCACUUCAGCUGAUAUAGAAAGACCUGAGCAGUCCCCAAAGGAAUCUCCAAAGAAAAAUUCAUUUAAAAAGAUUCUUGGUAUCAAACUCCCUGCUAGAAUGAGAACUGAUCUCCAGAAAUUUUUGUCAAAAGGCAGCUAUUCAAUAGACACUGCACCAUCUGUGCUUCCUUCUGUGGAAACUCACCAAGACAGUAAUCACUGUAGGCCAAGGUCACAGACAGAUGGCAGGAAAAAUAAACCACUAAAAGUAUAUUCUGCUAAUUCCUGCCACCAGACUGCACAGAAAGGUCCUAUGCUCAGGAAUCUUUCCCAAGUGCAGAACAACUCAUCCAUUCGACAAGAGUCCACAACUGAGCUUCAGAAAGAAUGUCCCCCAAACUCUAACGAGCAGUUGACCGAACUACAGGUUCUGCUUUCUCCAAAAUAUGAAAACAUAUGUACAAAUUUUGACUGGAAAGAUUCUUCCAGCAAUGCUGACUGUGACCCAAAUCUGUAUGAAGUAGAACCCUAUGCUGUGUCAAUCUGCUAUCAAAAAUACAGUUCAGAUCAGAGGAACCAAUCCAUCAGCAAUAUGCAGGAUCAAGAUAACCAUUCUUCAGAGGUGGAUGUCAACUCAGAUGAGGAAGAAAUCAUCUUUAGCUCAGAUGAAGAAGAUGCCAGUUCAGAUACGAGCAAAGGAGAACUGGAUCAGCAUGAUGACAAGCAGAAUGAUGAAGGCAAAAAAACUAAAGUCUAUCAUAUUGCUCGAGAAAUUAUGAGCUCGGAGAAAGUGUUUGUGGAUGUUUUAAAACUCCUGCAUAUUGAUUUCCGAGAUGCAGUGACUCAAGCAACGAGACAAUAUGGGAAGCAAGUGAUUGAAGAUAAGAUCUUGAACCAGAUCUUGUACUAUCUACCGCAGCUAUACGAGUUAAACCGAGGGCUGCUCAGAGAACUUGAGGAGAGAAUGGCACAUUGGAAUGAACAUCGGAGAAUAGCUGAUAUAUUCAUGACGAAAGGUCCAUACCUAAAGAUGUAUUCUACUUAUAUCAAAGAGUUUGACAAGAAUGUUUGUUUACUGGAUGAACAGUGCAAGAAGAAUCCAAUCUUUGCUGCCGUAGUUAAAGAAUUUGAGAUGAGUUCUCGGUGUGCAAGCCUGGCCCUCAAACAUUACCUGUUAAAGCCUGUCCAGAGGAUUCCACAGUACAAACUGCUUUUAACAGACUAUGUAAAAAACCUGUCUAAAGACUGUGUUGAUUAUAAAGAUACUCAAGCUGCCCUUGCCAUCGUUGUUGAAGUAGCCAAUCAUGCCAAUGACAUCAUGAAACAAGGGGAUAACUUCCAGAAGCUGAUGCAAAUUCAAUACAGCCUCAAUGGACAACAUGAGAUUGUGCAGCCAGGAAGGGUUUUUCUAAAGGAAGGAACUCUAAUGAAGCUGUCCAGGAAAAUCAUGCAGCCGCGAAUGUUUUUUCUGCUAAACGAUGUUUUGUUGUACACUACACCAGUGCAGUCUGGAAUGUAUAAGCUUAAUAACAUGCUGUCACUGGCAGGUAUGAAGGUCAGUAAACCAUCUCAAGAAGCCUACCAGAAUGAACUGAAUAUAGAAAGUGUGGAGCGUUCCUUUAUUCUAUCAGCCAGUUCAGCAACAGAAAGAGAUGAAUGGUUGGAAGCCAUUUCUAAGGCCAUUGAGGACUACACCAAAAAGCGGAUCACAUUCAGUGGUAGCAAAAGUCUGGAUGAGGAAGAAGCAGAUAAGACCGAAUUGGAUUCUCCACUAGGUACGAAAGCUCCGAUCUGGAUCCCUGACCCCCGUGCCACCAUGUGUAUGAUCUGUACCUGUGACUUCACACUUACCUGGAGGAGGCAUCACUGUAGAGCAUGUGGAAAGAUUGUCUGUCAAGCCUGUUCAUCGAACAAAUUCAGUUUGGACUACCUUAAAAAUAGACCUGCUAGAGUUUGUGAUUACUGCUUCACAGAGCUGCAAAAGAGAGAAACCCAGUCUGAUGUGAAGAUGCUGUCUACUCCUCAAAAAUCUUCAAGUGCUCUCACCUCAGUUCUACAUAGCAUUCAGCAUUCCUCAGGGCGAAAGCACAAGAAAAUUCCAGCAGCAUUGAAAGAAGUGUCUGCUAACACUGGAGCCUCAUCUAUGAGUGGAUAUCUAUAUAGGUCAAAGGGCAGUAAAAAGCCAUGGAAACGCUUUUGGUUUGUGAUUCAGAAUAAGGUCCUGUAUACUUAUGCUGCCAGUGAGGAUGUGGCUGCUUUGGAGAGUCAACCAUUGCUGGGAUUCACGGUUUCUGGAGUUCAUGAAGAUCCUACAGAAUCUAAAGUGAUUUUUCAAUUGCUCCACAAAAGAACACUGUUCUAUGUAUUUAAAGUUGAUGAUCAACAUACUGCCCAGAGGUGGAUAGAAGUUUUUCAAGAAGCAACUGUGUUAUAGCACUCCAAAAAUGGACGCACUUUUUUUGAAAAGCAAUACAAGUUUAAAGGGAAAGAGUUCAAGAAACAACAUCCAAACAGCUUUGUUGUGAAAACAAUGUAGUGAUUUGCUGCAAUGCAACUGGACAACUGUUUCACUUCUACAUGCAUGUUGAUCUCUGAAAGAAAACUCGUACGUGUAGCCAUUAGCACCUUAAUCUGCUAUUACUGAAGAUUCAUCUCGGAGUGCAGAAUGAACUGGAUCGAUUCUGUAUUAACCCCAAAACACUCUUCAUAUUUUCUCAGGUUUUGUACUUUGCUAUAUAUUUUGUAUAAUAUAAAUAUAUUAAAAACGUAACUUCCAAAAAUCUCAUAUAAAAUAUUAGUUGGAAAUGUUGGACAGUCCCUUUAAUUUUCUCAUUUAAAAAAUGUCUCCAAAACUAGAACUGAUUGACAUAAUUUUUUCAAGGUCAUUGUAGACAACUAGAAACUAAGCUUAGUUUUCUUUGUUGGCAAGAGCCAAGGCUUAGGGAGCCCAGCGUAUGUG